UUCAACAAACUCAUGAAGAUUGGGAACCACUUGAAGGAAAGUAAAGAGUAAAUUGACAUUUUUGGCCCUUUAAGAAAAGUAGAUAAUAGCAAAAUAUAAAGUACAUAUAUAAUCCUAAUAGUGUUCUGAAUCAUGAUCAAUAACAUUGGUGUAAAAAUGUGCUUCCACAGCUUUAAUAAAUAUAAUAAAUUGUAUUAAUUCAACAAAUUUCAUUUACUGCUUUAACAGGCUGACAGAGGUUAAAUAUUAACUGCAGAGUGUCAUACAAGCAGACGUAACUGCCUUUUUAAAAACAUUUUGAUAAAACAAAGUCCCGCCUUCAUUUAGAAGCUACAAAUAUACAGAGGGCAUCAGUUGAGAAGCUCAGAGAGAAAAUGGCUGUUGUUGAGUCACUUCUGCAGUUUGCCAGCACAGGCACAUUGCUGGGUGCUUUGCUGUUGUUUCUGGUUUUGUAUUUAGUUUCAUCUGGAUCUGGAUCUCAGAAAGAAGGGAAAGAGCCACCGGGACCCAAACCACUGCCCCUGCUGGGAAACCUGCUGACACUUGACCUCACAAGAGCCUUCGACACUUUUUUUGAGCUCUCCAAAACCUAUGGAAAUAUAUUUCAAGUGUAUUUGGGGCCCAAAAAAACAGUGGUCCUAGUUGGAUACAAAACCGUCAAAGAAGCACUUGUGAACCAUGCAGAAGCAUUUGGUGAUCGAGAAAUUGGACCUAGUUUCAGGAUAAUGAAUGACGAACAUGGAAUUGUAUUUUCCAAUGGAGAGAACUGGAAAGAGAUGCGACGCUUCGCUUUAAGCAACCUGCGGGACUUUGGGAUGGGCAAAAGAGGAAGUGAAGAGAAAAUCAUCGAAGAAAUUCAUCAUCUCAAAGGAGAAUUUGAUAAGUUUGAAGGGAAGCCCUUCGACACAACAGAGCCUGUGAACUACGCUGUGUCAAACAUCAUCUCGUCUAUUGUGUACGGCAGCAGAUUUGAAUACACAGACCCUCAAUUCACAGAAAUGGUUGACAGAGCAAACGAAAAUGUUCGAGUUGGCGGAUCAAUUUCAAUGGGACUUUACAAUAUGUUUCCCUGGUUGGGUCCAUUUCUGAAAAACAAAAGGAUUGUUGUAAGAAAUAUUAUCCAAAGCAGAGCACAGAUGACAAAGUUGAUCACUGCUCUUCUGGAGACUCUGAAUCCAAAUGACCCCAGAGGCUUUGUUGACUCCUUUCUCAUCCACAAACUGAGCGAUGAGAAAUCUGGAAAAAAGAACUCAUACUUUCACAAUGAGAAUCUGAUGAUGAAUGUGGCAAAUCUGUUUGUCGCUGGUACUGACACCACAGGAACGACUCUGCGCUGGGGUCUGAUGCUCAUGGCCAAAUACCCUCAGAUACAGGAUCGAGUUCAAGAGGAGAUUGACAGAGUGAUUGGUGGACGUCAGCCGGCGGUGGAAGACAGGAAGAAAUUACCAUAUACAGAUGCUGUCAUUCACGAAAUUCAGAGAUUUGCCAACAUUGUACCACUGAAUCUUCCACACACAACUAGCUGCGACAUUACCUUCAAUGGGUACUUCAUCAAGAAGGGGACCACUGUUAUUCCUCUGCUGACGUCUGUUCUGAAGGAUGAAAGUGAAUGGGAGAAACCAAACAGCUUUUACCCAGAACACUUCCUUGAUGAGAAGGGCCAGUUCGUCAAGAGAGAUGCUUUCAUGCCCUUUUCUGCAGGGCGGAGGAUUUGUCUGGGAGAGAGUUUAGCCAGGAUGGAGCUCUUCCUGUUCUUCACAUCUCUCCUUCAGAGCUACCGCUUCACAACUCCACCUGGAGUGUCUGAAGAUGAACUGGAUCUCAAAGGAAUUGUUGGAAUCACGUUGAAUCCGUCUCCACACAAGCUGUGUGCAAUCAGACGCUAAUGAUCCAAGAAAAUAUCAGCAGAAGAAAACAAGUACAUAUGAGAUAUGCAAGUCCUCCACUUAUUUUUCUUUUACCGUUGGUCUCCCAAAAUGGCUCACCGUCCUGAACCACAUGAUGACAAGGUAAAAAUGAAACUCUUAAUGAGCUACUGGUUUAACACUGCAGCUACAUUGAGCCAACUCAACAUUCAGUUCCCCUCCUGCAUUCAUCCAAGACCCAGUCGGCAAACUUCAUGCAUGACUGUGAUGUAGCAAACCCAGAGCGUGUCCAUUGAUGAAUCCGUCACACAGAAAAACUUGAAAACAAUAAAACGAUGUAAUGGCAGACCACAGUCCUGAUCGAAACCUGAUUGAAAAUCCCUGAUAACAAAUUUAUGACUGAAGAGCUGAUCAGGAUCACAGCAAAGCAGAGAGAAAGAGUAGUGCAGAGCUGAAAGGCUAGUGAUGUCUUAUGAGAGAGUAGGGAUGGUUUUCGAGAGUAGUGAUAUGGUGAAUGAUUUGCUAAAGUGAUUAAAAAGAAGGACCUGUUUACUCCCUACUCAUUUUUGACAACUGUGACCUUUGGAAAAUGUUAUAUAAUCUUACUUUGUGCUAUAGCUUUUGUGUAAGUUUGACCAUUGUGUUAUGUUUGUUGAAAAAUGUACUGUGGUCAUUAUCUAAAACACUGUCAACAAUAAAGACUACAUUAUUGAAGAACAUAA